AUGCUGAACAUGUUAGCAUAUUUCUACUCUCUAUACUCAUCUAAGAAGAAAGGCAGAUCUUACACUGUGAGAGAAUUGAUACACGAUAGUUUCUUUGACUUAAAACCGUUGGCUGCUGGUAACUACAUCGUUACAGAAGACGGAGAAAAGUGGGCAGAUAUAAAAGUUGUUCAAGAAAACCGAAAAAAGCUUCUUUUUAAGACAUUCUACGACGAUCAGGAGUUUAAGUCAGUGUCCACUUUCAUCAAAAGGCAAGCCAAGACUAACAACGUAGUUACAACGACACUCGAAAAAAUUGUAUUCUCAAAAGGUAAAGUUUCAGAUACAGAACAGGGUAUUCUUGAAUUAAUAGAAAAAAAUGUGAUACCAAAGUAUUAUGAAGCUUUCUAUUCUAAUCUUUAA